AGGAUUCCGCCAUCCCCAAUUUACACGUGAAAUCAAAAUCAGAUGCGCCAUUGUUCUUCUUCCUCCUCUUCGGUUCAUUCAGAUACCCAGCCAUAAACUCACCAACAUUUUGCUGCAAUUUCCCCUCACAGUUUCGGAAUCGAGCUCACAUAGAUGGCAAACCAAGGUGCAAAGAAGCGCAAGGAAGAGAACGCUCGUCAUGUGGCGAAUCUCCGUCGCCUUAUCAUAGCCUGCAACGUUAUCUAUAUCUUGGUUCGGAUGCUGAUCUUUCAUUCAAGUUUCACCUGGAAACACUGGAUUGGUCUGAUUGUCACAUCCGCAGCUUAUUUUAUUCCUUACAACCAACUUGAAAAAAUGGCAAACCCAACCUAUGGCGAUGAUGGUGAACUUCUAGAUGGUGGAUUUGAUAUGAGUACUGGUGGAAUUUGUGGCUAUUUGCAUGAUGUGAUCUACAUUACAAGCUUUGUGCAAAUAAUGUCAAUCCUGUCUGGGAAGUUUUGGUACACCUACCUUGUGAUUCCAGCAUUUGGGAUAUAUAAAUCUUCUGGUUUAAUUCGAGGUUUGUUAUCGCAAGGUUCAGAGGAUGAACCCGAGGACGAGAAGACUCGGAAGAAGAGGGAAAAGAUGGAGAAGAAAGCUUCAAGAGUGAAAUUUGUGAAGACCAAGAAUAGAUAAUCUUCUCUUCAAAAUGAAAACCAAUCAACUUCAAAGAUAUCAGAUGCAAAUCUGAGCAGAUGGAUUGCAUCACAGUCAAGUUCUAGGUACAAGUUGAGGUUAGUUUAAGUGAAAUGUUUAUGUAUUAAUCUGACUAAUUAUAACAGGUUUAAGGGGCUGAAAGUGAAACAUAUCAUUGUAAACUCCAUUCUGUCAACUGAGCAUUUUGGAAGUCCCACUUUCCUCUUUCAAAAUGACACCACAACCCACAGGUACACAACUUUUGAAGCUUUGGUUUCAUUUAGAAGAGACAAAUCUAGGAGAGGGAUGUCAAAGCAAUAGUUAAAUCUCUUCUAAUUUGUUUCUACACAUUUUUGCUUCCCAUUUCUAAGUUUUGGUCCCAUGGUAUCUGGACAA